AUGUCCUCCAGGACGUUGUGGGCGAAUCGCGUCCAGGCUUUGACCGAGCAGCUGAAGAGUGGUGAUGCGGAGCUAACUGUGAAGGCGAGCUCCACGCUGGUCGAUGUGUGUUUCUGUUUUGAACCGUCUGAAGAGCACAGGGCAGAGACCUUCAGCUUGGGAGCCCUCGAUGUCCUGGUGAAAGGCUUGCGAAACCACCCAGGCAAUGCGAACGUUCAAAAUGAGGCGAGUUUCGCCCUGGGCAAUGUGUGCGCUUACUCUGAAGAGCGCAGUGCAGAGGCCUUCAAAUUGGGAGCCCUCGAUCUCCUUGUGGAAGCCUUGCGAAACCACCCAGGCAACGCCGAUGUGCAGGCAGGGGCGAGUUUCGCCCUGGGCAAUGUGUGCCGGUGCUCUCAAAAGCACCAGGCAGAGGCCUUCACUCUGGGAGCCCUUGAUCUCCUUGUGGAAGCCUUGCGAAACCACCCCAGGCAUUCCGGAGUUCAAAUCUGGGCAAGCCACGGACUGGGGCAAGUCUGCUGGGGCUCCACGGUGGCACAGGGCGUCCGAAAGCGUGCCAUUGAGCUCGGUGCCUUUGAGUUGAUUGUCAGCAAUUUACCUCCAAUGCCCAGUGGAAAGGACUACUUUCGUUUUUGGGCCUUGGGUUCCCUUUGCUUCGGUAGCGACCCAGCGGCCUUGGACCGCCAGCAGAAAGCUUUAAGCCUUGGCACCUUGGGGCAGGUGAAGCUCAUGCUGAAAGAAGAGAAAGGUAUGCAAGAACAAGGCACAGCAGUGCUCCAGUUGUUGAAGAAAAACGACAUUUGCAGGAUGGUGUUGCAAAUAGUCUCUGCACCUUGGUCCUUGUGGCAGUGGGCACAUCCAGCUUCAUCUCAUUCGACAAAUCCAGCAGCAGAGAGUUCGGAAGCUUCUCCCCAAAGCAGAGAGGCCCGAGAGGCCACGGAGACUUCUCCAAGUGAAGCAGCACGGAACAGGAGAGGAGUUGCAGAGGCUGAGAAGGAUUUGCAGGCUGCGAUCAAGAGUCGGGAUGUGAACAGAUUGAGAAAGGCCAUUGAGGAAGCUGAAGAGUUUGGGGUGGAAACAGCGAUUCUGUAUGAGGCUCAAAAAGCCUUGACGAACCUCGUGGAAAGCGGUCCUAUUAGCCCUUCUAUCCAGCUUUUGCAGGAUGAAGCAGAUGAUUUGACUCCUAUGGCACCUAUGGGCAUACAAAUCUGCCAUGCCAUUGAUGCACUUUUCCAGCUCUUGACUCAUGAACAUGAAGCUUCCAAAAGUGUAGGUCGGGAAACUCUGGAAAGAUGUUGCCAGAAGGCCCAAAAGACCUCCGACGAGCUCCUGAAGAGUAGCAUCUUUGGUCUCAUGAACCCUGAUGAGAUUAAACACUUUCUUCUCGCAGCAGAUCAUCAGAUGUGGAUGGAAAUCAGGCAAAACACGGAGGAUUUUCUCAAUAAGCUUUUGAAGGAGCCUGGAAUCCGUGUGGAAGAUCGACCCAAGGUCGCAGAGAUGAUGAGGCCCGAUGCGAUCAAUUCCCACUUGCGGCAGAUGCGACCCGUCAUCAUGGAUCACACGGUCCGGGAACCUGCCACCACCACACCCUUCGGGCACACGGGCUACAUGAAAUGGCUGACCUUGAAGAUCAUUCAGAAGAUGAACAUCAAGGACAUAGCCAUCAGUGGCCAAUACUAUGGAUCAUCCUAUACGCCUGAAACUCAGAUCUUAGAGUGGCUCCACUACAAGGGCGAGUCCAUGGAUGGCAUGGUGGUGAUGUUCGCACCUGGAGAGCGUGAGGCUGGCAUCAAGGCCAUUCGAGACUACCAGAUUCCAAAUGCCUUCCUUGAUCUGACUCUCAAGGCCAGCGUGCGUUUUGCAGAGACGAACUUUGCCACGACCGUGCAGACCGUGUUGGACGCUGUGAAGGAGUUGGACCAGAUUUUCAGUGAGAUGGGAUUGGCCCAUGAGCCAUGGAGGAAUGACGAAGAAGUCAACAGUAAACAUGGGAGCGGCGAGAUCUCCCUGAACUUGGUUGACCUGAUGGAAUUUUUGGAUCUCAAAACGAACGGAGAGAUGAACUCUUCCAACCAAAAGUCCUUGGAAGAUGCUUUUGCCAAAUGGAAAGCCAACAAGGCAUUUCAACGUCGAGUGGUUGCAAUCUUGACAGAGGAAGGGAGAGGCUGUGCCAAUUAUUUGGACUAUGGCAAGGUCGUGGAGUGGCUGCGGAGUCAAUUUCCACAGAAAAAAAACUACCGGAUUUUGAUACACGCACACGCCGGUCCUGGCAACACUCAGGAUGCAGCCAGCAUUGAAGCUGUCCUUCAUGGAGGCAACGGUGUUUGGGCUGGGAUCAUUCCGCAGGCAGCACAGGGUGGGCACAACUCCAGCUUGGUUUUCCUGGACAACAUGCUACGACUGGGCAACCAGCACGUCCUUGAAGACUAUUGGUUGCACCAAGCAGCUCAAAGUGCUCGCUAUGUGUACUACUUGAAUUUCAACACCUACACAGUUCCUGAUGAUUGCCCGAUCUGGGGUGCUCAGGUAGAACGUCUACUGCACACUGCGUUUAGCACAGUGGAAGGCGAGGAGUGGCGCAGAAGGCGUGGCAAUUAUUACAACAUGUGGGGGCGGAAAGAGGAGAUCAAGCUGGAGACUGCGGUGGAAAACUCAAAGCAUCACAAGGCAGUAUCUACACUUCGCAUUCACGAGAAGAGGGGCAAGUAUCGUUUGUCACCUCUUGUUUCAGAUGUGAAGACCUGGGAGAAACGUUUGGGAGAGGAUUUGAGCAUUCUCGAUGCACGGGAUGUCAUCUCGGAGUAUGUGGCAGAGGUGCGAAUGCUGGCAUUUGCCUUGAUGAAUGCGGGGCUUCGAGUGAACAUUGAUGCGCCGAGCACUUUGCGGAAGUUGGUGGAGAUUGUGAAGAGAAACAGAAGUGUCAUUCAAAGGUGCCGACAGGUGGAUGCCUAUCAAAAGGCUGGACAACAUCAAGGCCUCGGUCGGCGAAGCGGCGGAUCUCGAGAUCUGUCGCGGCACGCGGCACGCUACUCCGUGGCGUUGCCGGGGCCGGCUCCAGGUGUUAUUGGUCGCUGCGGGGCCUUGCAGAAGGAUGCCAUCAGUUGGUCCGCUUUGGACGACGCAGUCCCGUCGACUCCGUCCUUCAUGGAGGAGAGCGCGAGCGGCGCGGCAGCGCGGCGCUGCGUCCCGCGCUCAUUGCGCGGAGCUGGUCGGCGGGAGGGGCUCAGCUUCCCUUACAAGGCCAACGCCUGCAAGAAGACGGAGAAGAGAUCCAAGAACGACCAGAAAGAGCGGAUGUUUUCAAAGAUGCGCAGAUGGCUCAGAUCUAAGAAGGACCAGGUGAAGGAGGCAGAAAGCGAGGUGCCUUGGUCGGUGGGCGACGAUGUGAAUGGCGAGUCCAUCCAAGAAGAGUUGGUGAAGUUUCUGGACAAGGGCCAGAAGUUCCCAAUGUUCAAAAAGCCCGACGUGAACACCGUGACCUUCUUGGAGGAAGCCUUGGAGACCGACACAGAGGCCAAACCCGAAGAAGACCGCUGGGGCUGGUUCCAGUCGCUUCCAGCUAAGACGUGUGUCGAGUCCGUGAAGGAGCUCUUUCUGCACGGCUUGGAGUUGGUCGCAGCGAGCCAAGUGCCGGUGAACCUGGUUUAUCAAAAGAGACUGCCACGGAGCACUCUGCCCUUGCUGCAAAGUCUCAACUUCUUGGAAAAGUGGCUGGUGAAGCUGGCCACGGCCGAGAAGGAAGCCAUUCUGUGGGCCGGAUUCUGGACGGACCCCAAUUCCCAAGAUGGCCAUUUGCACCGUGCAUCGAAGGAAACGUUGUUUCGCUUUGCCCAUCUCACUGAGACGGAGACUGUACAUCCCAGCACGAAACUGGGCCGGAUGAUUGAACAGUUCAAUGAGCUCGACCAGUGCAAGGGCGAGCUGGCUUGGAAGCUCACAGGGAACUUUUGGUCGUUUGCCAGCUAUUCCUUCGUGCUUGGAAUGAAGAGAAAGGAACAAGGAACUGUCAUUGCCCUCGCCAACAAAGACUUGAGCGGCCCCAGAUCCUUGAACAAGUCUGUGUUGUUUCAACAUGAAGUGCCCACACUCGGCAUCGCAGCCUGGGGGCUAGGUUUUUGGUCGCCCCAAGUGAUUCUCAUUGAUUUGAAGGCGACGUGCAACAAGACCAGUUCCAUCCUUCGCGAGAGGCUCUUCGCCCGGCUCAGCCCAUACUUCCGUGUCAGAGCCCAAAGGUAUUGGACCUCCGCAGAAUAUGCCUUGCGCUCCAAGCCAUCCUGGCAGUGUAUCGACUGCGAGGAGGGCAAGUGCGAGCUGGGCCCCGAGUUGGCCCAGCACCUACGGACGCUGCGGGAG